UUUUUCAUUUCCUCUUAAGGCGGUUGGCACGACUUGUACAUGAGUGAUUCCUAAUAAAUAAAAACGGAUAAGCGAAAAUUUACGCCGCGUUUGCUCUAAAAAAUCGUUGAAUAUUUAGAAGUUCAAAGGAUUCUCGCAUUAAUCAACGAUUGACAGAAGAUGGAGAGUAAUCCUGAGGAUGUGAAAGAGAAUUUUGUGCAGUUAAAAGCGAAUUACUUCAAGAUUCUCUGUGACCCAAACUGGGGCUUGCAUCGAUAUCGAUUGAAAUUCGAGCCUGAGGAAGACAAUUACGAGCGUCAGAAGGCUCUCAUCGAUCAACACCGCAAUGUUAUCGGAUCUUUUAUUCUGGAUGGACCCGUACUCUUGAGCACCCACAAACCUCCCCUGGAAUUUCCUCCAGGUGACGAUCACGAGAUAAUCGUCGAGUACUUGGGAGACAUCAAGCCUGGAGAUCAUCGUUAUCUCCAGCUGUACAAUCUCCUUGCGAAAAGAGCCCUGGAGUCCUUGAAUUUCCAAAUGGUUGGCAGAAAUUUCUACGACAUCAACACACCAGAUGCCAAAAUCAACAUCGAGGAAUACGCCCUGGAGGUGUGGACAGGAUAUCAGACCGCUGUUCAGCAUUACGACGAUGGAGUCAUGAUGUGUGUGGACAUUUCCCACAAAGUCAUGCCACAACUCUCCGUCUCUGAUCUUCUGGAGCAGGUGAUCGAGACUUCUGGGACUGAUUAUCAGGAGGCAUUCACUGCUGAAGUGACUGGACUGCAUGUCUGGACAGAAUACGAGAACAAGAUUCAUCGUAUCGAUGGCGUUGACUUUUCCUUGUCUCCACUCUCAAACAUCAGAAUUGCUGAAGGCGAAUUGGGUAUGACGUACAAGGAGUUCUACAAGAUUCAUCAUAACAUCAGCAUUUAUCGAAGCUCGCAGCCCCUUUUGAUUACAAAUUACCGGGCAAGAAAUCGUAGAGAGCCUGCGGAAAAAAUUUAUCUAGUCCCUGAGCUCUGCACAAUUGCAGGAUUGACAGGGGCUUUGAAAAACGAUGCAAUCGUCAAGGACCUGCUGUCAGCCCACACAACGGUGUCUCCUGAGAGUCGUAUUCAAAAACUCCUGGCGUUCAAUAAUCGUCUGCUGAGUAGUUCCACUCUCAAAGAAGAGCUACAGAGUUCCAACAUGAAAUUGGAUUCAAAGCUCGUCGAUGUUAUCGGCAAGGUUCUCCCACAGGAGAAGUUGAUCUUCGGGGACGACUGCCAAGUGGACGUCAACAGCGAGGGUGAAUGGACGCAGGCCUUCAAGGAGAAGAAUCUUUUUCAUACCGUUAAACUGGAGAAUUGGGUUCUUGUGACACCAGAGGCUUACGGCUUCGAGGCUAAAAAUUUCGUUGCCCGAAUGAUGCAAGCCACUCGGAAUUUUCAUCUGUCAGAGCCUCACUAUGUAGAACUAGAGGAGUCUACACCCGAGUGCUACAGUUCACACAUGGAGAAAUCGAUAAUCAACCUGAAUCCACAGUUGCUGAUGGUUGUGGUUCAGGGUCGUCGACCUGAGAUCUUCACACGAGUGAUGAGAAAGUGCUACACGGAGCAUGCUGUGCCCUGUCAAGUCAUCACUGACAAGUGCUUCACAUCAGAGGAUUUGAAUGAAAUAGCAACCAAAGUUGCUAUUCAGCUCAGCUGCAAAAUUGGAGGUGUACCUUGGAGCAUUCACAUACCACUCAGUGGAUUAAUGGUUGUUGGGGUCAGCAUUGCUCACGAUAAUGAAGAGUCUAAUAGGAGUUUUGCUGCAGUAGUAGCGACUUUGGACAAGGGCCUGACCCGUUAUUUCUCAACGGUAUCAUCCCACGAGAGAAACGACCAGCUGACAGUGAAUAUAAUUGCAAGCCUGACGAAAGCCCUGGAGAAGUUUCGUGAAGUCAACAAUGGUUGUCUACCCUCUCGAAUUCUCCUGUACCGAGAUGGCGUUCCAGAUAAACAAAUUGGGAACAUAACCGAUCACGAAGUGUCUCGUGUCCACAAGUCCCUGAGGAGGAUCUACGGUGGCGAUGUGAGUCUCGCUUACGUUUUGGUUUCAACGCACUCCAACACGAGACUCUUCCACGGGAGAGAGAAUCCACCACUGGGUACGGUCAUCGAUGAUGUCAUCACUCAGCCAUUGCGGAAGGACUUUUUCCUGGUGUCUCAGUUCUUCAAAGAGGAGAGUGUCAUGCCCGCUUACUACAACGUCGUCUUUGAUUCUAUUCGCCUGUCCUUCGAGAGGAUUCAGAUACUCACGUAUAAAUUGACCCAUAUUUAUUUCAACUGCAGCAGCACUGUUCGAGGCCCUGCACCUCUCCAAUAUGCCCACAAGCUCGUCUUCCUGGUGGCCCAGUCCAUACAUACACCUCCUGAUCCUGGACUACAGGAUCUGCUCUAUUUUCUUUAAGUUUAAACGAUGUUUUUCCCCUCAAGGAAUGAUGAAGUUCUUCACUGUUGACAGUUUGACACUUCAUCAAGGUAUUUGAAGGAAAAUAUGGAAAUUAUAUGGUUUUAAUUUCGUUCUCAUUUAUUUUUUCUGAUUUUUUCUUUCAA